GGUGGCGGCUGGUUCUGCGCCGGAUCCGGGAGAGGGGCGGGCGCCAUUGUGCUUAGCUGCGGACUUCUUUUCUUCAGUCGCAGGCCUAGAACUCCGAGGAGGAAGGCAGUGGUGUGGUUGCUGCGAGCGGGACGCGCCCAGUUCAGUGCCAGCUCGGGAGCAGGGAAAACCUUAAGAAUGGAGUCUAAACCUUCAAGGAUUCCAAGAAGAAUUUCUGUUCAACCCUCCAGCUCUUUAAGUGCUAGAAUGAUGUCUGGAAGCAGAGGAAGUAGUUUAAAUGAUACCUAUCACGCAAGAGACUCUUCCUUUAGACUGGAUUCUGAAUAUCAGUCUACAUCAGCAUCCGCAUCACCAUUUCAAUCUACGUGGUAUAGUGAAUCUGAGAUAACUCAGGGAGCACGCUCAAGAUCGCAAAACCAGCAAAGAGAUCAUGAUUCAAAAAGACCUAAACUUUCCUGUACAAACUGUACUUCUACCUCAGCUGGGAGAAAUGUUGGAAAUGGUUUAAAUGCAGUAUCAGAUUCUUCUUGGAGACAUAGUCAAGUUCCGAGAUCUUCAUCGAUGGUACUUGGAUCAUUUGGAACAGAUUUACUGAGAGAGAGGAGAGAUUUAGAGAGGAGAACGGAUUCUUCCAUUAGUAAUCUUAUGGAUUAUAGUCACCGAAGUGGUGAUUUCACAGCUUCAUCGUAUGUUCAAGACAGAGUUCCUUCUUCAUAUUCACAGGGAGCAAGACCAAAAGAUAACUCAGUGAGCACUUUACAGUUGAAUACAUCAUCCACAAACCACCAUUUGCCUUCUGAACAUCAGACCAUACCAAGUUCUAGGGACUCCAGCAGAAAUUCUUUAAGAUCAAAUUUUUCUUCAAGAGAAUCAGAAUCUCCCCGAAGCAGUACACAGCCUGGAUUGUCUUAUGUUUCAAGUAGAGAUGAAACCCCAACCGUAAGCAAUUCAGAAAGAGUUGUUUCAUCUCAAAGAUCAUUUCAAGAAUCUUCUGAUAAUGAAGGUAGGCGAACAACCAGGAGAUUGCUGUCACGUAUAGCUUCUAGCAUGUCAUCUACUUUUUUUUCACGAAGAUCUAGUCAGGAUUCCUUGAAUACAAGAUCACUGAGUUCUGAAAAUUCUUACAUUUCUCCGAGAAUCUUGACAGCUUCACAGUCUCGUAGUAAUGCAACAUCAACUUCUGAAGUUCCUGAUAAUAGGGCAUCUGAAGCUUCUCAGGGAUUUCGAUUUCUUAGGCGAAGAUGGGGUUUGUCAUCUCUUAGCCAAAAUCAUAGCUCUGAGUCAGAUUCAGAAAAUUUUAACCAAGAAUCUGAAGGUAGAAAUACAGGACCAUGGUUAUCUUCUUCACUUAGAAAUAGGUGCACACCUUUGUUUUCUAGAAGGAGGCGAGAGGGAAGAGAUGAAUCUUCAAGGAUACCUACCUCUGAUAUACCAGCUAGAUCUCAUAUUUUUAGAAGAGAACCAAAUGAAGUGGUUCACCUUGAAGCACAGAGUGAUCCCCUUGGGGCAGCUGGCAACAGACCACAAGCAUCUGCAGCAUCGAGCAGUGCCACAACAGGUGGCUCCACAUCAGAUUCAGCUCAAGGUGGAAGAAAUGCAGGAAUAGCAGGGAUUCUUCCUGGUUCCUUAUUCCGAUUUGCAGUCCCCCCAACACUAGGAAGUAAUUUGACCGACAACGUCAUGAUCACUGUAGAUAUUAUUCCUUCAGGUUGGAAUUCAGCUGAUGGAAAAAGUGAUAAAACUAAAAGUGCACCUUCAAGAGAUCCAGAAAGACUACAGAAAAUAAAAGAGAGCCUCCUUUUAGAGGACUCUGAAGAAGAAGAAGGUGACUUAUGUAGAAUUUGUCAGAUGGCAGCUGCAUCAUCAUCUAAUUUGCUGAUAGAGCCAUGCAAGUGCACGGGAAGUUUGCAGUAUGUCCACCAAGAGUGUAUGAAAAAGUGGUUACAGGCCAAAAUUAACUCUGGUUCUUCAUUAGAGGCUGUAACCACCUGUGAACUCUGUAAAGAGAAGUUGCAGCUUAACCUGGAGGAUUUUGAUAUUCAUGAACUACAUAGAGCUCAUGCAAAUGAACAAGCUGAGUAUGAGUUUAUCAGCUCUGGUCUCUACCUAGUUGUGUUAUUGCACUUGUGCGAACAAAGCUUUUCUGAUAUGAUGGGAAAUACAAAUGAACCAAGCACACGUGUCCGAUUUAUUAACCUUGCAAGAACUCUUCAGGCACAUAUGGAAGAUCUCGAAAGUAGGUGGAAUUUCCCCUCCCCAGAUUUGUUGAAUUUACUUUUGCAAAUUAAACCCACAGAACAGAACCUUAAGUAUAUACUCUUUUCUACCAAAUUACAGCUUCCUGUAAAGCUUAAUAAUACCAAAGUGAUUGAUUUGGGAAAAUAUGGGAUGGGCAAGUGACAGUUUUUUAAAAGCAUAUUAUUAUAAAUUACUUCAGGGCAUAGAGGGAUGUAAUUUUAACCAUCAGCAUGUUACUUUUAUUUUAAAUAAAAGCUUAUUUUUGAUCACUUUGAUUUUAGCACUUGUAAUCUGAAAGAAGACAUAAAUCUUAAGUACUAAUUAAACCACAUUUCUUAAUCUGUUAGAAUUUUUUUUUUUUGGUAAGAAAUUUUACUUGUUAUUCAACUUUGAUAGUUCAUAAAAGGUUUUCCCUGGGCUUAUAUAUGGUUCCAGGAUAAUAAGGGAAAUACAGUCCUGAUUCUGAGUCUAUAACAGAACACAGAGGGGAUAUUUUGCUCCUUGUUCAGGUCCUCAAGGGCCUUUAAUAGGUAGCCAGCUCUGCCAGCUGCUCCAAUCUCUUAAGGUGAUGUCCCAGAAUUAGGACUUCUGCCUGAGCUGCUAUGUGAAGGCACUGAAUGCCCAAAUCUUUACAGGCGUCUGCAUAGCCUGCCCUCUUCUCAAAAUCCUGUAACUUCAUACCAGGUAGGCACAGGUAUUGGUGGCUGUGAGGCGGUUCUUGGGAAUCCAAGAUUACCCCCACUUAACCCCUAUUUUACUUUUUCAUCCAAAGCAACAAGUUUGCCAUUUCAGUACACUCAAGUGUUUUUAAAUAUAUAUUCUCCAAUUGAUUACUUUCUAUACUCAUCUUCAAAAUAUUUGGAAUAUCUGAAGUGUGCAUAACAUUUUACCUUUAGAGGAAGCUCAGCAUCCUUUGAAGUAAUAUUUAAGGACUUAGUCCUCAUAAGAACCUUUUAAUUCCUUGAAUUAGUCUAAGACAGAUUUUUCUUGUUAAGUCUGUACUAGUUUUAAGUUUUAAAAGGGUUUGAGAUAAGACAACACAUUUUCACAAUUUUAAUUAGUACUUGUGAAGAUAAAGGAGUCAGUGGGAAUUUACUUGGUGUAAAAAUUUUUUUCCUUUAUACUUUCUUCGUUCAGAUGCCUUAUGUUGGCUAAUACAAAGGUCUCUUUUUUGGUGGUUAUUUUGAAAAUUAUAAUUUACACUUUAUCCAAUGUGAUAGUAAUUUGUUUCAGUGUACAUUUUCCCCAGAUUUAUUGUUUUUUAAAAACUAAUAUUCUAAUUUAGACUUUAGUUUCUUUCAUAGCAGUCUCUGCUCCCAAUCUGUGAGAGGAAUAUAAGAUAGAGGUGAAAUAUACCAAACUCAGUUGAGCAUGAAAGAUGUGGGUGCUACAAGUUAAACCCUAAGUACUGGAGUAUUAAUAUAUUCUGAAAUUGGUUCCAACUGAAUUUUCCUCUACUGUGGAGUUAACCAAAUGGAAAAUAUUAAUAAAAGAAGUUCCCUAUAAAAGCUGUUAUUUUUUAGUUUGAUAUUUCUCCAUGACAUAGCAUGGAACUUAAUGAUAGAGUUUGUGUCAGUCAUGGGCUAGGUAUAUGCUUGGUAUUAUUUAUUAAAUAAGGAUUUUUAUCUAUAAGUAUUGCAUACUUUUUCUGUGCUUUGAUCUAGGUUUAUUCCAUUUGCAGGAUGCUCUUAAAUUGUCCAGUAUUACUACAAGAGAGUACAUUACACCUUUCUGCCCUUGAUAAUGGGGGGGAUGCUAGUUAGAUGUUUGUUAGUGAGCUUUCAUCAUUUUCCUUCACUUGCAAAGCAGUUCACAAAAUACAUAGUUUUAUACUUAUUAUAUCCAGUUUUAUACUUAUAUCCUUCCUAAAGACAUUUCAAGAUCCUUUAUAUUAACUCUUGAACCACUGAUGACUCUUCAAUAAACUGAGGUCAGACAUGUUUCAAAAGUGAUAAGUUUCUGACAGUGUGGAGACAUGGGAUUGAUUAAAACUAUAGGUUUUUACUGAAUCCAGGUAUCUUUAAUUUAGGCUGUGUCUAUAUAAAGCUUUUUGACAUACUAAAUAGACCUUUAUCUUGGCAUUGUAUAGACAUAGCUUUAUGUAAAUUUAAAGAACACCCAUAACCUAUUAUUCUAUGUACAUUUUUUUUCAUUCUCAUCGGAUGCAUCAAACAUGCAGCGGUAAUAAGCCAGAUUCUACUCAGGUGUGUGAGAGCACUUGCCUUAAAUUCACUUUCUCUAGUGUAUAUAUCAUUAGCUACUAUGAACACAGGUUGAUCUCAGAAACAUUUUAGAAGGUGCUAUUGAGCCACAUUUUUGAACAUUUUCAUUUUUAUAAAAACUAUGUAACAUUACAAAAAGAUACGGGGGCGGGGGCAUUGUGGAUGGGCAUCACCCAUGGUCAAACCACCCUAACCCUGUCAUGACAACUUAUCAUUUUGAUCAAACAGUAUACUAAAUUGGGAUUUUUGUUUUACAAGUCAUUGCUGUUCUGGCUUCAUAUUUACACCUCUCAUUCUUAUCCCCUUUAAAAUCAUUCUUGAUCAUCCUGUUUUCUUUCAACAGCUUCAGAGGAUGAUUCCGAAGAAGAUGGAGACCAUAACAGAACAUUUGAUAUUUCCUAACUUCAUAUAAGACAAAUGGAUGAUCUGUGAACAAGUGUUUAUUAAAACUGGCAAUUAAGUAUGAAUUAAUUUUGUGGGGGAAUGCCUAUUAAAUACAUUGACUAUCUUAUAUAUAAAAUGAAUAUAUACAUACACAUGUAUGCAUGUAUAUAUAUAUUCAUUCUGAAGUGUUGCUGAAUUAAGAUGCUACUGCUGGAUCUUUUAACAUGGCCAGCACAUCUGAUGUUUAUAAACUGGUAAUCAAAAGUAUUUUUCUUCUAGGUGAGUGGGAAAGUAUUAUCCUUGUUUUAAAUAUCUAAGCAAUGCCCAUCAACUUUUUUGUGUUCUUAGAUUACUGUAGUCAUAUUUAUAAAAAAAGGUUCGUGUUUUAGUCUUCUUGCUUAGUGAGAAAAGUGGGACAAAAUAUGCUUUUGAAAUAAAAUGCCAAGUGGCACUUAAUUAUUUUUCUUUCUAAAAUGCCUUAAGUUGCAGUCUCAUUUUGAUAAUCAUUUGUCUCCAGUGUUUAAAAAGAAAAGAAUGGGGAGAAGGUUAUGAAGAGCGUUCAUUAUAUAAAGUUUCCAAAUUUAAUUUGAAUUCUAAAUUCACUUACAAUAAAACUAAUUUUUAAAAAGUAUACAAAUAUAAAAAAUAUAAAUGAUGGAUAAGUUUUUGUAUUGAUUUGCAAAACACAGAUUAUAUUUGAUAGGCCAUAGUAUGCAGAUAUUCCUUUUGGGAAUACUACAGCUGUAAAUUUUAUCAGAAUUUGCCAGUCAAAUGCUAUUUGGUUAAAAAAAAAUUAUUGCAAGCUCAAGUUAAUGGAAUAUUUUUAAAUCCCACAUUCAAAGUUUAAAAACACUGGUUUUCAAUGUGUUUUUUAGUGUUGUCACUUUAUAGAUAAAUAUGAUAUAAAUAACCUGUUUGGACCUCGGUCGUUUUUAACUGUUCCUUGGUAAUUUUGAGCAUUUGUUUGGUGACUUAUUAAAAUUUUUCACUACCUUUGGAGAACAGAUUAACAUUAUCUAUUCACCAUGAAUGGGUCUACAGUGUGGUCAUGAGUUGUGUAUACUUCCAUAACACUGUAUUUUUCUUUUGUCAGCACCCUUGGGUACACUUCAAAACACCUUCAUUUGGCUUCAGGUUGAAGUCUGAUGUUAUGUCAACAAACUCCUUUUUCAGAACCUAAAUAGAAACCAUGUGAUUCCUCAAAUGUGAAUGAAUAAUUUGCCCACACAAAGUCAGUUUGUUGGUCUUAUGUAAAACAUUGGCGUGAAAUAAAGUGCAUACUGAUUGAUUUA